AUGUCGCACAUCUCCGACCUCGUUAAAGACGCCAAGCUGUCAACCAAGCUUGAUUUGGAGUUUACAACACAUACUUUUCUUGAGUCAUCUUUAGUAGCUGGUCAACGACCUAGACGCCGAGAGCGAGAAGAAAAAUGGACGCGGAAAAGACAUCUCGGCAUGGGAAUUUUUGGUAUGGUAUGGCUAGAGGAAUACAUGAUCGAUAAAGAUGCCAAAUUACGGGUUGUCAAGGAGGUUCGUAGGGUCGCUCCAGGGCCCAAGCCAAUAGACUACAGUCGUGAAUUGGAAGCUAUUGUCAAGUUUUCACAGCAAAAGUUCGACGGGUGUUUUGUCAAAUCCUCAGGGUGGUUCGAGACCGAUGAUUCGUUUUUUAUUUGUACCGAAUACUUCAUGCUGGGUGAUCUUCAAAAGUACAUCUAUGAGCCUUUUCCUGAGGGAGAAGCCCAGCAUAUCACUUUGCAAUUGCUAGAAGGUCUGGAUUUCAUGCAUAGUAAUGGGUUUGCGCACUGUGAUUUACGGCCUAAGAACAUUCUCGUCCGUUCAAAAGACCCCGAGUGGUGGGUUAAGAUUGGCGAUUUUGGUAUCAACAAAAGAGUGAUGGAGGGCUUGACGGGGCUCAAGACAUUCAACGCUGCACCCACGUUUACCGCGCCCGAGUUGUAUAAAGAGAUUUGGGAACCAAGUUCAGCAACACAUGAUUCAAGCUCGAAAUUUAACCCAGAGGUCGAUAUAUGGUCUUUGGGUGUGAUCUCGUACUAUCUACUUGCCGGAAAACUUCCAUUCUAUACCCAGCAUAAUCUACUCGCAUACUACAACAAAGAAUCGACAUUGCCGAUGGAGUGGCUAUACACUUUACAGUCUAGCGAUGAAGCAGUCCAGUUCUUGAAAGACACUCUUGCACCUAGUCCCUCGGAUCGCAUCACUGCGGGCGACGCUCUAAAUCAUGACUGGCUAUCAGGGUUGCCAUCGAGCCCAGUUGAACCAGGCGAGCCACAGCCAUUACCAUCGGAAAAGUCUAUACUACCAUUGCAACCUCGAAGACCCAACAGCUCCCAAGAUGUGAUGCUUCCAGGAACAAUUAACCUGACAAGCCCUCCGACGAUGCUAGGUCCAGGAAUGCCCUUGACCCUCCCACAGAGUCAACGGGCAAGCUAUAGAACCUCCCUGAGCGAGAAUUCUCAGCAAGGCACGAUAUCCGAGCACCAACACCAUCAUCAUAUGAUGCUAACGGCGACUCAACCAAAUGGAGACCAUCUACCGAUGCAAAGCAACAUGGGAAGCCUCGGGACGGACGACAUGUACAAACCAACAACAAAUCCCAGCAUGACACACGGUCUCAGCGCAUUACAUCUACUGAGUAACGUCCAUCCCCUCCACCGCCCCGCAACAGAACCAGCAUCAAUCGAAAAAUCACAAUGCAGAGAAUCCCAGAUCGGCGAGUCCUCUUUACGUCCCACUCCUCUCCGGCAGCUCCCGCAGCUUUCAACACCGGACAUGUCGAUCGUCGAGUCGGUCAGUGAUACACUUCCGCCGUAUACUCGACGCCGAUCAGACGCCGCACCGAUUCCUAUAUCAGAUCUAGACUUUAUACCUCCGAGAACAGAAAGUCCAUCUGAUAGUCGAAGCCGGAGUAGCACAGUUGAGAGCGCGAGGGAUAGUAUUGAGCGACGUAGUUCGGAUCGUCGGUUUUCGGAUAGAUUUCGUCGUGCUUCUGAGAGCAUGAUGCCUAAGCGACAUAAUCAUCGGUCUGUGGAUCAUGGGAAGAAGAAGGAUAAGGAUAAGCUGAAUGAGAUCAGUCCGCCGAUUUCUCGGUCUAGCUCGACUACAACGAGAGACUCUGAGACUAAGAAGGCGAGUGGAAAGAAGGCUAAAUCGCAGGUGGUGCAGAUUCCUGGUCGUCCACAAUUUGCGGAAGGGUUGCCUUUAUUUCCUGUACGCGUGAAGAAGACAUGA